AGAGAGAGAAAAUACUGUUGGUUGCAGCUUGACUUAAGGGUUUCUCUGCCUGGUGAGGCAUUCACAUCCCAGAGCUCAUGUGGUAACGUGCAGCUUUGCUUGGCACCACCUACAAAGUGGCCUGAACACAGGAUUUGACAAACACAUUUAUGCCUGAGGCAGAAAAGGAUCUCAGAAAGUAAGAGAGGCACAGUAGCAGGUGAAGAAUCCAGCAGGAGUGAGCAAGAAGAGCAAGUGAAGAUCUGUUAGCACUUGAAACCACACUGACAUGGCAGCAAUGGAAGCACUGGAAUGCUCAAGCGCUCAGCUCGAGCCACAUUCCCUCACUGAGAUCUCCGAAGACGACGACGAAGUCAACGUCCAUCCUUCAGAAGAUGAAGACGACGUCCUUGCGGCGGCAAAGAAAGAGUUGUCCGCCAUGGAAACAGAAGGCGAGGCCGCGGAAGACAAGGAUGGCUCGGGCAAGCCGGACCAGCAAGUGAAUGGAGUGCUGGUGCUGUCUUUGCUCGACAAGAUCAUCGGGGCCGUGGACCAGAUCCAGCAGACCCAGACCGGGCUGGAGUCCAGGCAGCAAGAGAUGGAGCGCUCGGUGAGCAACAUCCAAGGCGAGCUCACCAAGCUGACCAAGGACCACAGCACCACAUCCAACAGCGUCAACAAGAUGAUGGAGAAAGUACGCAAAGUGAGCGUCAACGUCAAGACUGUAAGAGCCAACUUGGAGAAGCAAGGAGGACAAAUCAAGAAACUGGAGACCAACGAGGCCGAGCUGCUAAAGAGACGCAACUUUAAAGUCAUGAUCUAUCAGGAUGAAGUCAAAGUUCCCUCCAAACUCAACGUUUCCAAGUCCAUGAGGGUGUCUGAAGGUGUAUCAGGAAGCAGAGGAGGAAGUAUGCUAGAGCUUAAGGAAGCGACGGAGGAACCCGGAGAGGAGGGGGAAGAGGGAGAGAAGGAAAACAAACCUACAAUAGACCUUUCCUCGGAUGAGGAAGGAGUGGACAUUGAAGACGUCCUUUACGAGACCCGUGCCGAACGUAUCAAGCGCAGCAGCCUGCAGCGUGUCCAAACUCUCAAGACCGUAUUCUCCAAGGAGAAAAUGGAUAAGACCAAGGCAAGGACCAAGCAGAACUUGGAGAAGACAAAGCAGAUGACAAAGGCAAAUCUGGAGAAGACCAAACAGAAAACUAUGGAGAACAUUGAGAAUACAAAGCAAAAGGCGAAGGAUAACCUGGAGAAGACCAAACAUAACAUUGAGAAGAAGAUGGGAAAGCUUGGCACUCGCAUGACCGUCAAUCCGGAACGCAAGCAGAAGCUCCAGGUAUCCCGUACCAAGAUGCAGAAAGCCUUCACGCCGGACCACGUGGUCUACGCCCGUUCCAAGACUGCCGUCUACAAGGUGCCCCCCUUCACCUUCCAUGUCAAGAAAGUCCGCGACGGUGCCGUUGAGGUCGUCCAAGGCACUGAAAUGGUGGAGGUCUCCCAGAAUGCUGAGAACUUCAAUGAAGUGGAUGAAGAAGUGGAGGGAGGUGGCGUGGAGCUCGACAUGGAGAUGAUGAAUGGCGGAGAUGAUGAAGAUGAAGACGAAGAGGAGGAAAGCCAUGAUGUGAUGGAGGAUAACGAUGAGAAAGACAGAGACAGCGACUAGAUCAAGAACAAACGUCUUUUACAACACCCCUAAGGUUCUUUUGUAAAAACUGAAUCCAAUAUUCGGGAUUGAACACAUCCAUUUUGUUUUCCUUCAAUUUGAUUCUAAUUUUGUUAUGUUGCCUCUUGUUCAUUCACAACAUGCUAAAUUUGGCAAAUAUCAGUGUGUCAAAUAGAAUUUGAAUAUCCAUUGAUCAAGUCUACUUACAGCUUUCUUUUUAGCGGCCCAUGGUGAGAUUACAGAUCAGAAAACUAGUUUGCCCAUAAACUCACAAGUGAUGGUUGUUGUUAAUUCACCCAACACUUAGUUCAUGCUUAACAUGUUGUACGUUAGGUUUUCUACGUACUCCCAAAUUGUAAUCUAGCAAGAU